AUGAGAGAAGUUAUCAGUCUUAAUGUUGGUCAAGCUGGUUGCCAAAUCGGUAAUGCCUGUUGGGAGUUAUACUCUUUAGAACAUGGAAUCAGCCCAGAUGGUUACUUGGCCGAAGGUUUGAAGAAUCCUAAAGGUAGUGAAACUGGGUUUUCCACUUUUUUCAGUGAAACUGGAUCCGGUAAAUACGUUCCAAGAACUUUGUACGUUGACUUAGAGCCAAAUGUAAUUGAUCAAAUCAAAACUGGUGAAUAUAAGGACUUCUUCCAUCCAGAUCAAUUGAUUAGUGGUAAGGAAGAUGCCGCCAACAAUUUUGCCAGAGGUCAUUUUACUGUCGGGAGAGAAUUAUUGGAACCAAUUUUAGACAGAUUGAGAAAAAUGGCUGACCAAUGUGAUGGUUUACAAGGUUUUAUUUUUAACCAUUCCUUGGGUGGUGGUACUGGUUCUGGUUUGGGUUCUUUAUUAUUGGAGCAAUUGUCCGUUGAUUACGGUAAAAAGGCCAAGUUAGAAUUUGCCGUGUACCCAGGCCCAAAGGUUUCCACCUCUGUGGUUGAACCUUACAAUACCGUCAUGGCUACUCUGUCUACUUUGGAACAUUCUGACGUUACGUUUAUGGUUGACAAUGAAGCCAUUUACGACAUGUGUCGCCGUAACUUGGAUAUUGCCAGACCAAGCUUCAGAUCUUUGAAUACCUUGAUUGCUCAAACCAUUUCGUCUGUCACUGCUUCUUUAAGAUUCAAUGGUUCAUUGAACGUUGACUUAAAUGAAUUCCAAACCAACUUGGUGCCUUACCCAAGAAUUCAUUUCCCGUUGGUUUCUUAUGCUCCAAUCAGCUCCAAGACCAAGUCAUUGCACGAAGCCAAUUCUAUCUCAGAAAUCACUAAUGCUUGUUUUGAACCAGAUAACCAAAUGGUCAAGUGUGAUCCAAGAACUGGUAAAUAUAUGGCUACUUGUUUGCUAUAUAGAGGUGAUGUUGUUAAUAGAGAUGUUCAAAGUGCCAUUGCCCAAGUUAAAUCCAAGAAAACGGUUCAAUUAGUUGACUGGUGUCCAACUGGUUUCAAGGUUGGUAUCUGUUUUGAACCACCUUCUGUUCCAAAACACUCUGAAUUGGCUCAACCACCAAGAGCUGUUUGUAUGUUGUCUAAUACCACUGCGAUUGCCGAAGCUUGGCAAAGAAUUGAAAAGAAGUUCGACUUGAUGUUUUCUAAGAGAGCUUUUGUUCAUUGGUAUGUUGGUGAAGGUAUGGAAGAAACCGAACUUGGUGAAGGUGCUGAUGCCAUCAACUCUCUUAUCAAUGACUAUAUUGAAGUUGGUGCCGACAGUUUGGAAGAGGAAGAAUAUUAA